GGAUGCCUCGCAGACUCUACUAAUCGUCUCACACUGCACACGCUGCCUGCGCGUCAAUCUCGCUCCCUUCGCUGGUCCAAUCCUGUCUUCUUCUUCCUCAAUCCAACCCUUCUACCCUGAUCCAGCGUCUUCGCUUCUUCCCCUCUGCAUCUCGUGCCAUCCUUCAUAUCUUCAUACACUCCCUCAAGGACGAGACUUGACUUGUGCUCCUCCCAAGUACUAUUGUCCUCAUCAUUAUUCAACACAUCAAACUUCAUAACAUCUGUUCAGCCGCGUAUUCGCUUUGAACACCAAGAUUUGGAGAGACAUUGGGCACUUCAACACAUACCGUAAUUAACGCAUACCCAACUCCAUCCCACACAAUGUCUGUCGAAGCGUCCAAACCAGUCGAGGACGCUCCCGUCGCGGAGACCCCUAAGGUUCUUCCUGAACAGCCAUCUGAGGCGUCCACAGCUCCGGCUGAGACGUCAGUUCAUGAUGAGACGACGGUGUCCGCCCCUGCUGAGGCAGCUGUCACCGAGCAGCCUGCCACUCAGGCCACGGAAGAGGUGAAGAAGGAGGAAACAGCUGCGGCAGCCACACCUAUUUCGGAGGGUGUCUUGGGAUACAAGGAGCCCACUCUGUUCAAGAAGUUCUUCUUCACCAAGCACUACUUCUGGUUGUCCGAUGAGCCAUUGACCUCGGAAUCGUUGGCCUCCUUUUUGCGCUCCGAGAAGCCUGAGGGAAAGCACUCCACCGCCGCUUGGGCUCGCGAGACCGGCAAGGGUCUACUUUUCUUCGCCAAGCGUGUCGAGGACAAGGCCAGCCCCGUCGGUAUCAUCAAUCUGGCCGAUGCUUCGAACGUGAUCAAGGAUGGCUACGAUCAAUUCUCUUUCAAGGCAGGUGGUCACCAGCACCGCUUCGAGGCCUCCAAGCCCACCGAGCGCGACGGCUGGGUCGUGGCCAUUGAGAAGGCCAUCGAGGAGGCCAAAGGUCUGAAGGAGGAAAUUACUGGACGUGAAAGCUACAAGAAGAACGUCGAGGAAUAUUCAAAACCACCCACCUUUGCUCCAGCGGCUGUCAAGACCCCGCGCUCAAAGUCCAAGGAACCCAAGAAGUCCCUCGAUGCCACAACUGCCACUGCCGCCGCUACUACUGCUGCUCCAGCUGCCGACAACGCCAGCGCGUCUAGCAGCUCUGACGAGGCGGCCAAAGCUCAGAAAGAGCGCUCCCAAUCCCGCAAGCGUGGCAGCAUCUUCGGCAACCUCCGUGGCAAGAAGGAUGAGCUUGUCGAGAAGAAGGAAGAGAAGGCUGAGGCCAAGAAGGAGGUGAAGGAGGAGAAGAAGGCCGAGUCCGAGGACAAGAAAGAGGAAGCAAAGGCCGGCGAAGAACCGACAACCGUCACGGCUGGUGGACCUGCUGAGGCCGCUGCUGUUGCCGUCACUGCCGCUACUGUUCCCGCUACCGCUGGCACUGCCGACAAGAAAGAGAACCAAGAAGAGGCCACCGCCACCACUGACAGGAAGGCCAAGCGUGGCUCUGUCUUUGGUAACCUCUUCAAGCAUCGUGUGACCAGCCCGACCACCGAGAAGACGGAGAAGGAAGCCACCACUGCCUCGGACGUCCCUCCUGUCUCUGAGACCGCUCCUAAGCUUGACGAGCCCAUUGAUACCAAGCCUAUCAACACCGCUGAUGUCACUGCUCCUGUCGAUGCCGAGACCUCCGCCGCUCCUGCUGUCGAAGAGCCUGCCAAGGAUGCCACGCCUGCUGCCACUGAAACCGCUACCACCCCUAAGACCGAGAAGAAGGGUGGCUUCAUGGGUUUCAUCAAGAAGACCGAGGCCAAGCUAGAGGGCAAGAAGGAACACAAGGAGGAGCACAAGGAAGAGACCAGGGAAGACAAGGCCGCUGAAGCGAUUGCUCAAGACCCUGUUGCUGCCGCUAGCACUGACGCAGCGCCCGAAUCUGCCGUUGUCGACGCCCCUACCGAGACCAAGGAAGAACGUCCUACCCGGGACAACAAGCGCCGGACUUCUCUCUUCUUCAACAAGAAGAGAACCGAGAACAAUGAAAACACUGAAGAGGCUACCAAUGACCACAAGCGUGAAAAGUCCCCUAUCCCAGGCAAACUGUUUGGCAACCUUGUUCGCCGCGCUAGUAAAGCGGUGAAGUCUGAAGAACCAAAGGACAAACCUGCGUCUGCCACCGCCGAUGCCGAGCCCGCCGCCGAAACCGCCACCACCGAGACGAGCGCUCACCAAGCUACCACCAUCUCCGAGACACCUGCUCCUGCCGCCACAACCUCCGAGCCCACCGAGGCAACCGAGUCGACUCAGAUCAAGGGUGAUGUCGUGCCGGAAGAUCUUGUGGCCAAGCCCGAGUCUGCGACCGCGGCCGCUCCGGAGGUCAAGGCGACGGCUUGAAGGUCGAACGAGGCCAGAGUCAAGACUCCACGCACGUCUCUGUCACAUCCAUCUCGACUGUCUCGAGCGGCCAGUCCAGUUGAGUUUGAGAAGUGGUGGGACGAGAAGAAUUAUAGCACUCCCUCGCUACCUCCUCGCAGCCCUUCUCGUCUCUCUGGCCUCGGCAGUGAAAGGUAGCCCGAUCCAUGGUUGGACCCGACAACAGACCCAGAUCAUGGCUUGCUUUUUCUUUUUGUCCCGUUGCCAGCUUUGCAAGUCUCAUCUUUCCAACCAGGACUGACGACAAACUCGAACAACACUCACUCAGCAUCUGCGCGUCGAUUUUCCGAAUGUGUGCUUUCUUCCCAGGAUACCCCAAAACCAAUCACCACUACUAGAUCGAAAUUUUGUCUUUUUUGUUUGGAUUGAUCGAUUGUGCGACUUUUUCAAUUACAGAUACCCCGCUUAUGCAAGUCUGGUCCUUUAUGAGAAAAGAGAUACCCGCUUGAAAGCCACUGCUUUUUGCUACCGACUGGAAGGAAAUGGGCAGAAGAAGAACCAGGAUGUAACGUUGGAUCUGGAGAAAAGGAAAAGGGAACAAGGAAAGGGCUUAUUAGUCCUCUUUCUUCCUCUCUUUUAUUCCUUGGAGAAAGGAGUGCCAAAUCUUUGACUCACGGUCCCUAUUGUGGCCGAGGAAAUGGAUUGAGGCUCCUUUCAGUUGGUACUGGAACAGCAAGCACAGCACAACACAAGCACAUAGCAUAGCAUAGCAAGUUAGGAUAAGUAAUAGCUAAUAAUAACCCCUCAAUACAGAG